UGUAUUCCGUCACCCUAUGCUUUUCUGACUGAAUUGGGCUGCGCUGACACUUUUUGACCCAGGAUUAUGAUUCGUCUUACAUUGGCACGAUCUCCGUCGGGACGCCCUCCCAAUCCUUCCCCGUCAUCAUGGACACGGGCUCGUCCGACCUCUGGCUGGCUUCCAAAACUUGCUCCGGCUGCCCCUCCGACACACCCGAGUAUGACUCUUCCUCCUCGUCGAGUUUCAAGUCCAACAGCUCCUCCACCUCGUCCAGUGGUGGGCACGGUGGCGGCUCCAAUGGCGCGGUCUCGAUCACGUACGGCUCGGGUGAGGUGCAGGGCUCGCUCGGUAGCGACACCGUCUCGCUCGCAGGGCAGACGGUGAGCUCGCAGACGUUCCUCGUCGUCGACGACGUCUCGACCAACCUCCUCGACGGGAACGUCACGGGCAUCAUGGGGCUCGCGUUCCAGACCCUCGCCGCGACGGGCGCGGUGCCCUUCUGGCAGGCGCUCAUCGGGCAGAACUCGCUCGCGAACCCCGAGUUCGCGUUCUACCUCACACGCUUCGUGGACGACAUGUCCGCAUCGGUGGAGGAGCCCGGAGGAACGUUCACCCUCGGCGGCGUGAACGGCUCGCUGUACUCGGGCGACAUCACGUACUACCCCCUCACGGACACGAGCGGCCCCACGUACUGGACGCUGACCAUCUCGGGAGUCACCGUGAAUGGGAACUCUGUCGGCCUCGGCAGCUCGAGCGCGAACGCUGCGAUUGACACGGGCACGACGCUCAUCGGCGGCCCCAGCGACGCCAUCUCUGCGAUCUACGCCCAGAUCGAGGGCUCGCAGGCCCUUACCGGCCAGUACGCCGGCUACUACGCCUUCCCGUGUACAACGAAACCGAACGUGACGAUCGCGUUCGGCGGGCAGGCGUGGCCGAUCAGCGCGGCGGACAUGAACCUCGGCGCGGUGGACAGCGCGGGGACGGACUGCCUCGGCGGGUUCUUCGUGCUCUCGGAGGGGUCGAACGUGCCGAGCGACUCGAACAGCCUCACGUGGGUCGUCGGCGACACCUUCCUCAAGAACGUCUACUCCGUCUUCCGCCAGAGCCCCGCCGCGGUCGGCUUCGCGGCGCUCUCGACGAACGCGGGCGGGUCCGGCUCAGCGGCGGUUUCUUCCUCUGUUCCUGCGACCAUCUCGGUGUCCGGGUCUGCGUCUGCAUCUGCGUCGUCGUCGGGUGCAUCCGGUCGGUCGACCGCUUCAGCCAAUGGCUCGUCGGGAGGAUCGUCGUCCAGCGGCAGCAGCUCGUCGUCGAGCGCUGCGGCGCUCAUCGCGCCUGUGAACGGCCCCGCGCUUGCUGUGGGUAUCCUUGUCUCGCUCGUCGCAAGUCUGUUUUCGGGCAUGAUGGUCCUCGCAUGACCUGGGCCUGAGCUUGUCUCGGGAUAGGAGGGUGAAGUAACGAGGAAGGAGGAGAGGAUGCGAGGUUGGAUCGAGUGGUGUGCUUAUGUGGUUGAACAUUU